AUGUCGGUGCAUUUCAAGUUCAAGUCGGAGAAGGAGUUCGGGACGGUCAACUUCCCGGGGACCGCGAUCCGGGUCAUCGACCUCAAGAAGGCCAUCAUCGAGCAGAAGAAGCUCAACAAGGGCCUCGACCUCGAGCUUGUGAUCACGGACGCGUCCAACAACACGGUCUACGAAGACGACAACCAGCAGCUGCCAAAGAACACGAGCGUCAUUGUCAAGCGCGUCCCGGCAAAGAACAACAACGGCCUCCUCGCGCGCAUCAAGGCGGAACUCCAGGCCUCAGCCCCACCGCCACUGCUUCCGACGGUCUCGCCCCAGCUGCUCGCACGUCCCGACGCCGCCGAACCCGCGCUCCUCAACGUUGGCGGCGCCGAGACCGUCGAAGAUGAACUUCAAGCGCUCGACAUGAUCCAGCAAGAAGCCGAAGAGGUGCGCAACACGCGCCUUGGCAACAAGACAUGGACGGCCGCGGGCGGCAGCAACGCCCACCGCGUCGGCAACUACUACGGCGCGAUGGGUGGCCGCGGGGGCCGCGGCGAUGCGCUUGGCGGGCGCGGUAUGCCCGGCGGGCGCGGCAUGAUGGGCGGUCGCGGCGACAUGGGCGCCAACCAGACGCCGCCGCGCGACUACCUCUGCUUCCGCUGCGCCGUGCCCGGCCACUUUAUCCAAAACUGCCCCACGAACGGCGACCCGAACUUCGACAAGCACAAGGUCACGAAGAAGACGGGCAUUCCCAAGACGUUCAUGCAGCCGAUCAAGGACUCGGAAGAGGUCGCUGUCGGCGCCGGCAUCACGGUCGUGAACGGUCCCCAGGGCGGCCUAGCCGUCAUUGGCCCCCAGACGCACAACUUUACAAAGUUGAUUGGCCUCUCGGGCGGCGGCGCCGCGCUGGAGCAGCUCCGCAUGAACCCGCCCGAGCACCUCGCGUGUCCGCUCUGCAAGCGCCUCCUCCAAGACGCGGCGCUGAUUCCUUGCUGCAACGACACGGCGUGUGACGAGUGCAUUCGCGACCGCCUCAUUCGCCACAACUUUGAGUGUCCGCUGUGCCACCAUGCCAAUAUGACCCCCGAGCAGCUGCUGCCCAACAAGGCGACACGGACGUCUGUUGACGAGUUCCUGCGGCGAUCGCAGACAGAGCAGCAAGAGCGCGAGAAGAUCGUCAAAGAAGUCGAAGAGCAGUCGAAGCGCAAGCAGCUUGAGGAAGUGCAGGCCGCCAAGCGCGCAGGCCCAACCGCCGACGCGAUCCUCGACAUCGCCAAGAAGCAAAAAGAAGAGGAAGAGGAAGAUGAUGGCUUUGGCGGCGACGUCUAUGACACGAUUGACAUCUCGACGAAAUCCGACGAAGAAGAGGCGCCCGAGACGUCUCCCGCCGGCGAUGACAUCAAGAGUGAUGAAAAGACCGCUGCCGAGACGUCCGAGGCCACCAAGUCGGAGGAACCGACGACGCACGCCGCCGGUCACGGACCGCCGCCGCACAUGCAACCGUGGGGCGCCCGUCCGCCGAUGAUGCCGUGGCACGAAGGGCACCCGCCGCCGGGGCCUUGGUACGAAGGUGGCCACGCGCCGUGGUUCAACGGCCCCCGGCCGCCGUAUGGCAUGCGUGGUCCGCCACCCCGCGGUGCGCCGCCUCGAGGCGCUCCGUUUUACGGCGACUACUAUAACGGGCCGCCGCCGCCGUGGAUGAUGCGUGGACCUCCUGCGUUUGGCGGUCGUCCGCACCACGACGACGACGACAAGAAGGACAAGGCCGCCGACUCGGACGAUCGCCGCAAGAGCAUCUCGCUACCGCAGCCGGAGCCGGAGUCGAAGCCGUCGCGGCCGGUCUCGUGA